AUGAAGAAACCUAGUAGUGGAUUGGUGAUGACCAUUGCCUCAGAUGAUGAGGUGGAGCCAGAGGCAGACACCGACGAUGACAGUGAGAGCGAGGCCCCGGCAGCAGUCGUCAAGCCCGCCGCCGCUCCUCUGACCAAGGCAGGGAAGAAGCGGCAGCGGCAGAAGGCGGCGUCCGCGACCGGGGCUGGGCGGAAGGAGGGCGAAGGCACGGUGGACCCGAGUUUCUCGUUUGAUGUCGACAGCGGCAACCUCGGCAUUGCCGAGAGGCAGGCCGUCAACGGCUGGGACUUCAAGAGCGCUAUCGAGAAGCUUGCCAUGGAGGACCCGAGGCGAGCGAGGACGGGACAGGUCCUCGAAGACCGGAUUGCCGCAAAGAGGUCGGAGCUGCGCAAGGGCAAGCGGAAGGCCAAAGAUAUGGCCAAGGCUAAGGCCGCCGCUGCAGCCGAGACGCAAGAGCAUGAUGAGGCGGAAGGUGAAGGAGAGGCGACGGCUUCAUCAGGCCUGGAUAAGAUGGACGAGGACGAGGAGGAAGAUGAGGCUGCUUCGGCGAAUGGCGAUGGCGGCGCUGGCUCCAAGGAGGGAGAAGGUGUAGAGGAGGAGGAGGAGGAAUCUGACGAGGACGGUUCAGGGGGCGAUGAGGAGCAGGAGGGGGGCCUUGAGGAGGAUAACUUGCGCGAGCUUUCAGCCGGGUCACGCGGAAAGCGUCUCGAGGCCGCGAAACGAAAAGAAGACCGUCUUUCAGCCGCAGCCGCAGCAGCCGCCGCCGGCAACGACAAGGGCCAAAGCGAUAACGACGAAAGCGAUGGCGAUGAGGCCAGCGAAGAGGAGCUCGACGAGGACCAGCUGGAAGCGAAGAAAGCGGCGGAAUACUUCGAGGACGGGGACGAUGGAGACUUGUCCCGGGGGAGCGGCGAUGCGUCCUCGGGGGGCGUGCCGUUCCAGCAGCUGAACAUCUCUCGGCCGCUGCUUAGAGCGGUCGAGGCCAUGGGGUACGUCACCCCGACGUCCGUGCAGCAGCGAGCGGUGCCAUUCGCUUUGGCGGGAAGGGACGUGUGUGCGAGCGCGACGACGGGGAGCGGCAAGACCGCGGCGUUCCUCCUCCCCAUCCUGGAGAGACUGCUCUACCGCCCCAAGAAGGUGGCCGUUACGCGAGUCAUGAUCAUAACGCCAACCAGGGAGCUCGGCGUCCAGAUCCACAGCAUGUGUCGCAGCCUGUCGCAGUUCACGGACAUUGCCUCCGCGCUGGUUGUGGGAGGCAACAAGAACCUCAAGGCGCAGGAAGCGGAGCUGCGAGCAAGGCCUGACAUCGUGAUCUGUACACCUGGCCGUAUGGUGGACCACCUUACCAACUCGGCUUCGGUGCACAUGGAUGAUGUUGAGAUACUAGUCCUGGACGAGGCGGACCGUCUGCUGGAGCUGGGUUUCCAGGAGGAGGUGGCCGAGCUCGUCAAGUCCUGCCCCAUCGGGAGGCAGACCCUCCUCUUCUCCGCCACCAUGAACACCAAGGUCGACGACCUCGCGUCACUGGCGCUCAACAAGCCUGUGAGAGUGAAGGCCUCGCCGAUGAACUCGGCCCCCCAGAGGCUGGUGCAGGAGUUCGUGCGGAUCAGGCAGAGCCGAGAGCAAGAUCGGGAGGCAAUUCUGCUGUCCCUCCUCACCAGGACCUUCAAGACGAAAACGAUCGUUUUCUUCGACACCAAGAGCCUGGCGCACAGGCUCAACAUCGUACUCGGCAUCGCUGGCAUCCGUGCGGCAGAGCUUCACGGCAACCUGGCCAUGACGCAACGGCUAGAGGCCCUCGACAGGUUUAAGAGCGGCGAUGUGACGGUGCUGGUGGCUACCGACCUGGCGGCGAGGGGGCUCGAUAUCACGGGCGUGCACACCGUCAUCAACUUCGAGAUGCCCAGGUCGGCGGACUCUUACAUCCACCGCGUCGGUCGGACAGCCCGCGCUGGAUGCGGAGGCCGCUCAGUGACCCUUAUCGGCGAAAGCCGUCGGAUAGUGAUGAAAGACGUGCUCAAGACUCAGGGAGAAGGCGUCGAGAUCAAGAGUCGAGCUGUGCCGCAAUCAGCGAUUGACCACUUCAGGUCGAAGAUUGAGGGCAUGGAGGCUUCCGUUAAGGCCAUCCUCACAGAGGAGAAGGUGGAGAAGGAGGAAAGGUGUGCCAUGAUGGAGGCCGACCGUGCGGUUAACCUCGUGGAGCACCAGAAGGAGAUACACGCACGGCCCGCUCGACAGUGGAUCGUCAGUCAACAGCGCAAGACCGAGCUUGCCGAGGAGUCAAAGGCGGAGGCGGUGGCGCAAGCCCUCAAGGCGGCCGGGAAAACUACCAUCCCCGUGCCCCGUGGGGGAGGCGACGCAGACCGCGGCAACACCGACCAGGGGGCGGCGAAGAAGGAGCGGGAGCAGAAGCUGCACCGCCUCACGCGGAAGAAGAGGAGGCGGAUCCUCGCCAGGGAGGCCGACGAGCGGGAGGCGAAGGAGGAGGCGGAGGAGCUCAAGGCGCAAGGCAAGCCUGUGCCCUCCAACGUCUCCUCGAAGUCAAUGGUUCGCGCUGCGAAGAAGGAGGCCAGGGAGGCUGAGAAAAAGAAUGAGGAUAAGCCUCUCGCGCAGCUGCGUGGUGCCAAGAGGAAGCUCGAUGUUGGCAGCGGGUCCGCUUUCGACUUCGACCUCAACACGAAGAAGGGGGGGGCGGCGAAGGGAAAGACCGCUGAAGGAAAGGCGACUGGGACGGCGGAGAGCCGGUACAAGUUCACGGAGUUCGAUCCAAACAAGCGGCUCAAGAGGGGCGCCAAGAAGGGAUCAGCCAAGUUCAAGUCCAAGUCCAAGUUCAAGCGAAAGAAGUAAUUAGUCUCAAGUAUUGGUGCUGAGACAGAGCUGACACAAAAGUAGACCAGAUGAGGUUGAAGCGAAAAAGUGAGAUGAUAUCGGUACUGACACAGCCGUGUAGAUUAAUUCAAUCAAGACAACAAAAAUAUCUCGGUGCUGAUAGUCGAUGACGGAUACAAGCGAAAGAUGUGAACAGUCUUCGUGCGGGCAGAUGGACGUCGCGUGCUCGUCUACCUGCUUUGCCCAUGACGGGUUUCAUUUAUGAAUCAGGAGGGAGGGUGUGUGUAUGUUCACUGUGAGCUCGUUUUGACGCGGGCAUACCAGAAUCGACAUGGCAUCUGCCGAGUCGAGUGCGAUCGUUUUCCUCGGGCGAAGGGAGACGGACUAUGGGUUUGCGAGACUUGUAUUGAUAUUCAUUCUGUGGUUCGCUGUUUCGCUGAGGCUUACUCAGUAGUUGUAGUGAUUUGGGUGAUUGUUGCCGCUGGCGCUGCGGAUAAUUUGCUGGCUUCCCUUGCUGACUUGGGGUAGGUUUGCCGCAAGACAGCCAGCCUCGAGUGGCCGGGCAAUUCACGAGUGACCAAGCUGUUCACAAACGC